CGCGCGGCGGGGAGGAUGCCGGAGGGCGCGGGGAGCGUGCGCGGCCACGUGACGGCAGCUAUAAGAGCGCUCCGGGCGGACUCUCGGCUCCCGCCGCGCCUCCUCGCUGGCCGCGCUCCCUCCCGGCGCCGGGCUUCUCCGAGCCACCAACCUGCGGCUGCGGCGGCCGCCCGCGCCCCCGGCAGCACCAUGACAGAUCAGGCCUUUGUGACGCUGACCACAAACGAUGCCUACGCCAAAGGAGCCCUGGUCCUUGGUUCGUCUCUUAAACAGCACAGGACCACCAGGAAGCUGGCUGUGCUCAUCACCCCACAGGUCUCAGACUCCAUGAGGAAAACUUUAGAGACAAUCUUUGACGAAGUCAUCAUGGUAGAUGUCUUGGACAGUGGUGAUUCUGCUCAUCUAACCUUAAUGAAGAGGCCUGAAUUGGGUAUCACAUUAACUAAACUCCACUGCUGGUCCCUUACACAGUAUUCAAAAUGUGUGUUCAUGGAUGCAGAUACUCUGGUCCUAGCAAAUAUCGAUGAUCUUUUUGAGAGAGAAGAACUGUCGGCGGCACCAGACCCAGGGUGGCCUGACUGCUUCAAUUCUGGAGUCUUUGUUUAUCGGCCUUCAGUUGAAACAUACAAUCAGCUGUUGCACCUUGCUUCCGAGCAAGGUAGUUUUGAUGGUGGGGACCAGGGUUUACUGAACACAUUUUUUAGCAGCUGGGCAACAACAGAUAUCAGAAAACACCUGCCAUUUAUUUAUAACCUAAGCAGCAUUUCUAUAUACUCCUACCUCCCAGCAUUUAAAGCAUUUGGUGCAAAUGCCAAAGUUGUGCAUUUCCUAGGACGAUUUAAACCGUGGAAUUAUACUUACGAUCCUAAAACAAAAAGUGUCAAAAGUGAGUCCCACGAUCCCAACACGACUCACCCAGAGUUCCUCAGCCUGUGGUGGGACAUCUUCACUACCAGCGUUUUACCUCUGCUUCAGCAGUUUGGCCUCGUCAAAGAUACCCACUCACAUGUGAAUGUGGAAAGUGUCUCAGGAGCCGUGUCACAGCUGUCCCUUGGGGAGGUCCCGGCUGCCGCCCAGCCUUCUGUAUCCUCAGAAGAACGGAAGGAGCGGUGGGAACAGGGCCAGGCUGAUUACAUGGGAGCAGAUUCCUUUGACAACAUCAAGAGGAAACUUGACACUUACCUCCAGUAGAAACACUGCCAUUUUCCUGUGGACACAUCCACUUCACAAGCACUUGUUUCUGAUACUUAGUAUCUAGAGCUGGGUUAAGAAAGGUCUGUUACAGUUGCUAGAAGCUUUCACUAAAAUUCAUCAGAUGAGGGGUUUUUGCAGGACUGGUGAGAACUGGGCAAAAGUUGUUAAGCGGCAGUUCUGCUACAUGAACAACAGUGUUCUGCUUUUUAACCUUAGGCUUAUUCAACUAAUGUUUCAGAAAUUCUCAGUUAUGCUGAUUGCCAACAUUUGUGGUAAGGGAAACUCAAUCUUAAGCUGUUAAGAUGGCUGUAUCAAUUCUUAAAAUGUGCCAAGCCAGGCUCCAAUCAGUCUCCCUUCAGAAUGGGACGCGGCAUCUGUCUCGCUUGCUUGUACCCUUCACUAGACCUGCGUUUUACAAUUGCCCAGAGGCUGCAGAGCGAUUGCAAUAAUGCUUUCAGAUAAAGACAGCCUAUAACAACACUGCUGAGUGAUUCAUGAACAUAUCAACAAAUGGUGUUAUCUAUCCCAUUUUAUUCCUAGUCCUAAUGUUCAGAGAUGUUCACGAGUUUUCUACGUACAAUCAGGCGGCAUGCUGAAAUGCUUUUGUUCAGUUCUGUAUAUCUGAAAACAGCAGUGUGUUCUCUGAUGGUUACCUGCAGUGUCACCUUGUAUGAAAAAUAAAGAUAUAUUGACAUA